AGGGUUUCAUUGCCAACCAUACCCCUUUUUUCUCCUUUCGAACAUGGCGGAAGAGCUAACGGAGAAUCACCCCCAGAUGCUCGUCGGAGACGAACGCGCCGCAAAUAAGGUGAAGCGCCAGUGCGUCUGCGACGCGCCGAAACAGGGAAGAGAAGACCGAGACGAGGAAGGCCCUGAUUCGAAGAGAUACAAGUUGGAGAAAUGCUCGGAAGCCGGCGAGAAGCCCGAUGGAGCCAAGCAAAAGGAAGAAGUCGGAGGAAAUCUGGAGGCGGGAGGAGGCGGAUCGGACCAGAUCGAAACGGCGGCAGGAGCAAGAAUCGGGCCGAAGGCGUUCCGAUUGUCGACGGACAUGUUCGAGUACUUUUUGAAGCUUCUCCGAUCGUGGCCACCCAAUCUGAAUCUCAACAAGUACGAGCACCUGGUAAUGCUGAGCUUGCUGGAGAAAGGCCACCCCGAACCUGCAAAGAAGAUCGGGAAAGGCAUCGAAGCAUUCCAGGUGCGCUACCACCCAACGUGGAAGAAUCGAUGCUUCUUCAUUGUUCGAGUCGAUGGCAGUGCUGAUGAUUUUAGCUUCCGCAAAUGCGUCGACAACAUACUGCCUUUGCCUGACCAUAUGAAAGUGAACUCAGCAUCAAACAACUUGUCCGGCGACAGAAAUGGAAGCCGUUUCAGGGGAGGUGGGAGAAGAGGCGGUCGAGGCUAUGGGAGGAAGGGCAAGCAUUAGGCGAUGGUUCUCUUUGGUUUCUUUGAAUUGUAAAUCAAUGCUAGAUCGAGUGCUAAGUUAAAAAGAUGGGACUUUUUUGUUUAUAUUGAUGCCCCAUCAUUGGACAUUUUGGUGCCUUGUUCAGUGAUUAUAGACUUAUAGUUCGUCUUA